AUGGCUUUUUCAAACGUGUAUGACAAAACGAAGGGAGAGGAAGAGCACAUCCUGCCGCUCCCGGGCAACAGACAAAUCGCCUACGCCCACAAUGGCCCUCCGACCGCCCGGACCGUCGUCCUCUUCUUCUCGGGCCUCAUGAGCGUGGGCACAGCCCGAAGAGUUCCCGAGCCGUGUCGCGAGCUAGGCGCGCACUGGAUCGCGCCCACGCUGCCGGGGAUGGGCCGCUCCAGCACUCGGGACAGAAGCGUCCCUUACCAUGUUUCCCUGGCUAGGGAUAUGACCGCCCUGCUCGCCCACCUCUAUCCGGACGGCGCCUUCGACAGUCUCUACGUCGGCGGAGGCUCGUAUGGCACCGUGCAGGCGCAGAUGCUGUACGGGGCGCCGUACGAGAUCUUCCCCGCCGGCAAGAAGAUUGUCGGGUGCGUCCUGCUCGCGGGCUUCUCCCCGUUCAAGUACCAUGUCGGCUAUGCGCAGACUCUCACCUGGCAGAACUGGUUCUCCGUCGGUCCGCCUUCUCAGAUUGUGCCCUUUCACCUUCUUCAACGGCUCUUCAAGCUCAUCAUUGGGUCUAAGCUGGGAACGGUGGAGGGAGCUCGGUCAUUUCUCCGGCAGACGAUACUCAACAAGAUGGACCGGGAAGAAAGAGCCAUGCUCACAAUUUGGCUGGGUAGAAAUGACCUGACUGAGGAGCAGUUCCUCGAUAAUAUGGCGCGGGGAGUAAUCAGGUGCUGCCAUAAUUGGGAUGGGUUCAUGGAGGUGUCCGAUGUGGUGCAUUCGGACUGGGGGUUCGAGCCUCGUCAGCUUGAUGACGAGCACGCGUCGAAGCCGAUGCUGGUGGUGAGCUCUAUGGAUGACCAUCUGGGAGGAAGCACCAACCAAUGGAUCGUCGAGAACUAUUGGUCUGCAAGUCGCAAGGUGGUGCCUGGAGGACAUAUAUCCUCGUUGUUCUACAUGGACGAAAUCUGGCAAGAAAUCAUAGACCGUAAGUGA